AUGGACGCCAGCGUGAGCAACAUCAGCUACCAAGGGAAGGACCUGGACUCCGAAGAGCUCGGUGGGCAGAUUGCCUGGGUGGAACCCAGCCUCAUGGAGCGUGUUCAAGGCUAUAUGAUCUACUUGGCCAUCCUGCCCGACGGCACCGGCAGGUCCCAGGUGGGUGGCGAAGUGCCAGCGGGCACCCAUGACACUGCGCUGUUCCCAGAGCAACCACGGGGAGUCUUCGACUUCUUCACAGUCUACACGAGGUCGAGUCUCGCUGAGCAGACCACCCCGGUGCACCUUGCGAUUGAGGAUGAGGUUUCCUAUGCCCGCAAUGUGAGCUUCGUCGAUGAUGAUCUGGACGAGUUUGAGAUAGGCGGUUGGCUGCAGUGGCGCAUUCCGGUGGAUGCCAGCGAAGUCACCCACUACAUCGUCUAUUUGGCUGAGAACGAGGCAGGAGCCAAUCGCAGCCUCUUGGGAAAUGUGACCGUCGGGACGCACGAGUUCCUCGUGCCUGCGGACAUCGCGCUGGAAUCCUUCAGGUUCUUGACGGUCUUCGCACGUUCGAGCCUGGCAGAGCAGACAACACCCCGCUUCGUCGAGAUCAUCGACACUGUGUCCAGCGUGUCCAACAUAGGCUUCAUCGACAAGGACCUUGAUUGGGAUGAGCUGGGCGGCUAUGUCAACUGGCAGCCUCCCCCUAGCCACAGCCAGGUUCUCUUCUAUGAGCUUUACUUGGCAGAGAGCGCCACAGGCAAGAACCGCCUGCACCAUCCUGGCGCCAGCAUUCCGGUAGGCACCACGGAGGUGCUGUGGCCUGCAGAAACGGCCAAGGCCGCCUUCACUCACCUCGCCGUCUACACGAAGUCCUGGCUAGCGGAGCAGACGACACCAGUGGCGCUGGAGUUCGAGGACAAGGUGUCUCUCGUCAGCGACAUUGCCUUCCCUGACUUCGAUCUAGACUUGGAGGACAUCGGAGGCAACAUCUCCUGGGAGGCGCCUAACGACACUAGCCAGGUGACGCACUACAUCGUGUACCUGGGGCAAGCACAGGAGAACUCCACAGAGGCAAAUGGAACGCGCACGUGCAGCAACACCAGCUACCUGAACCACCCAUCGGAGGAAUCCAACGUGUCGGCGCCACUUUCUGAUUGGUGUCUGCUGACGUACAUGGGCAACACCUCUGUCGGGGUGCACAACCUCUUCAUCCCGCCAGACACAGGCGUGCCUCCCUACACCCACCUUGCGGUGUUCACGCUGAGCUCUUUGGUGGAGCAGACGACGCCAAUGACGCUGCUCUUCUGGGAUGAGGUUGCCAGCGUCUCCAACAUCAGGUUCGUUGAUCAAGACCUCGAUGUCAUCGAUCUGGGCGGAGAGAUUCAUUGGGAUGCUCCGAGCGCUAUGAGGAGGGUCUCGGAGUUCCUCGUGGAGUUGGCCACAGAUGAGCUUGUGCCCACGGACCGAUCUCAAAUAGGCCUCAAUGUUCCAGCAGGGACAAACCAGAUCCUGGCGCCAGCAGACACUGAACCUUUGCACUAUACCCGGUUUGUGGUGUACACGAAGUCCACGCUGGCAGAGCAGACCACACCGGUUGGGUACCACUUUGUGGACAAGUCUUCUCCCGUGCUGAACAUCUCCUUCUUUGACUUUGACCUGGAUGAGACAGACUUGUAUGGAGACCUGCUAUGGGAAGCUCCACUUGAUGAGGACGAAGUGCUGCAGUAUCUCGUUUACAUGGCCGAGAACAGCACGGGUAAAGAGCGAUCUUUGGUCGGCAUCGCAAACAAAGGCGUGCACAACAUGAGCAUCGUGCCCGAGACGCCGUUGCUUAAUUACACGCAUUUCUUGAUCUACACGGCCUCCCCCUUGUCCGAGCAAACGACGCCUGCGGCGCAUUUGAUCUUCGAUGCGGUGGCCAGCGUCUCCGACAUUGGCUUCGAAGACAGGGAUUUGGAUGUUCAGGAGGUUGGCGGCAACGUCACAUGGACUGCACCUGCAGUUGAGGACCGCGUUGAGCUGUAUCGCAUCUAUGUUGCGAACUCACCGACAGGCGAUGCACGCUUUCAGGUGGCAUCCGAGGUCGCUGGCACGAUUGCUUCCAAGGUGGCGACAGAGACACCGAUCCCAGCCAUGUCGAACCUGCUGAUCUACACACAGUCGGCACUGAUGGAGCAGACCACACCGGCAUACCAUGCCAUCACCGACAACUUCGCCUCCGUCUCCAACAUCACCUUUCCGGAGUUCGAUCUCGAUGCAGGCGAUUUGGGUGGCGAGCUUUCCUGGGAUCCGCCGGAGGAUGAGAGCCUCGUCACUGCAUACAACAUCUACUUUGGGAAGGUGGUGCCCGCGAACGCCUCCUCCGAGGAAUGCCGCUGGGAGGUGGUCACGCCGAAGGUGGCCUUGAUCACUGGCGUGACAAGCUUCGCCAUGGAGGCCGCCACCGCGGCCGUGGUGGAGGCUGCCGUGAAGGCGGCCUUGGCUCAGAGUUUUUCCAUCCCGGAAGCAGCUGUCAGCGUGUCCGUGACCCUCUUCACUGGCGGAAACGGAAGACGGCUGGAGGACAAUGAGGACGGAGAUUCCCCGAUUUGGCACGUCUCCCUUCAGCUCAGCGUGCCACCGACGGAGGCCGAGGCCAAGUUGGCUGCCCUGCAAAGCAAUGCUGGAGACCUUGCCGCUGCGUUGGGCCUCGAAGAUCAGACAGCAGUGGCAGCUCUGGCGGAAAGCUUCGCCAAGGCGAAGGUUCGCACAGAGGUGGCAGACCAAACGCUGGCAGUUGCUCAGCAUGACACCCUCGAGCCAGAGGACGGCCACGAAGCCGACACACGGCAGCUGUCCGUCCAGGAGUUUGUCGACCCUGCGGUGGAUGCCAUGGUCGCUUGGUGCAGGAAGACCUAUCGAACUGUGGGCACGUCGGACCUGCAGAUCACUGUGCCGGUUGAGACGCCCCGAAACGACUUCACCCACUUUGUGAUCUAUACGGCCUCUACGCUGGUUGAGCAAUCCACACCGACCGCGCUUGGGAUCUUCGACGCAAACGCAACAGUCUCAGGAGUUGAUUUCGUUGACGACGACCUGGAUCCGCUCGAGUUUGGCGGCAACGUGACCUGGCAAGAGCCCUCGGACUCCGACCGCGUGCAGGACUAUCUGCUCUACUUCGCGGAAGAUGAGCUGGGCAGCAACCGAAGCCGAGUGGGAAACGUUGUGCCGGUUGGUACCAGCCGCGAGCUGCUUCCUCCGGAAAUUUCCCAAGUUCCGGCGUUUACCCACUUGGUGAUCUACACACGGUCUUGGCUGGUGGAGCAGAGUACACCAGCCUCCUUUGCGCUUUCUGACACGAUCUCGAUGGUGUCGAACAUUGUGUUCGAGGACUUGGACCUGGAUUUCAAUGACCUGGGCUCCAACAUCACAUGGACGGAGCCGAGCGUUUACCAACAGGUCACAGAGUACUACGUGUACCUGGCAGACGGCCCAGAGCCCUUGAAGAUCACGGGCGACAAUGGCAACAUGCCAUGGACAGGGCGCUCGCAACUCGGCGUGGUUUCGGUGGGCACGGAGCUGCUUUUUGUACCUCCUGAGACUCCCAGGAAUGGGUACAGCCACGUGGUGAUCUAUGCAUCCUCGGACUUGGUUGAGCAAACCACUCCGCAAUACCACGUCAUCCACGAUGCCAAUGCCAGCGUCUCGAACGUGGAUUUCGUGGGCAAAGAUUUGGACUUGGAGGAUCUCGGCGGAGUGGUCAGCUGGAAUGCACCUGGCUCCGAUUGGGAUCGGGUCAUUGCCUAUGCCGUUUAUCUCUCCUUAGAUGACAUCGGGACAAACCGAUCGCAGAUCGAACAGGAUGUUCCUUUCGGAACCAAUAUGCUGCUGACACCUGCAGAAACACCUCGCAACGCCUACACCCGCUUUGUGGUGUAUACCAAGUCUACCCUUGUGGAGCAGACCACUCCAACGGCGCACAGCCUCUUCGACACCAGUGCCCUUGCUCGAGAUUUGGAUUUCCUGGACAUUGACGUGGACCGUGGGGAAGUCGCCGGUAACCUCACCUGGGAACCGCCCUCGGAUGAGUUCCAUGUCAUCCGAUACAACGUAUACUUGUCGGAGAACGCCUAUGGCCAGGGUCGCCAGUACUUGGGCAACGUCUCCGUCGGUAUCUACGAGUUCUUUAUCCCGCUGGACACGCCACUAUACAACCACACGCACCUUUUGGUGUAUUCGGAGUCUACACUCGCCGAGAUGACGACCCCGGCCGCCCUUGAACUCAUUGACUCAAUAGCGAUUGUGGACAACAUCACGCUCUUCGAUCGGGAUCUUGACGAGAAUGAGGUGGGCGGGGAGAUUACAUGGGACCCUCCUCCUGAUGAGCGGAUCGUGGACCUGUAUCGCGUCUACUUCCAGAGUGACCGGGCCGGGACAGUCAAGUUCCAGCUGGACACGGACAAGCCUCCAGGAGAUCUGCUGGUGAACUUUCCGGAGAACACCAAUAUCACCGGCAUGGCAUACAUCGGUAUCUUCAUCACUGCCUUCGGCAAUGAGCAGCAGACACCUAGCUCGGUGGCCAUUGCUGAGACGAUCUCAUCCGUCGGUUUUGUGUCCUUCCCGGACAGAGACCUGGAUGCGCUGGAGAUCGGAGGUACCUUGAGCUGGGGGCCACCUUUUGACGUCACCUACAACCAGGACUACGUGCUGUACAUGGCAACCAGUGCCACUGGCACCGGAAGAUCUGGGACUCCCUUUGGCGUGGUACCAGUUGGAACAAACUCCUUCUCUGUGCCUGCGGACACCGUGUUCGAUCAUUACACGCACUGGGUCGUGUACACGCGGUCGGUGGCCUACGAGCAGAGCACCCCCGUAGGCACCUUGCUUUGA